GGCUGCCAAUCAGCUCUGGAAGAGCAGUGUGUCUGUGUGUGUGUGUGUGUGUGUAUGUGAGAGAGAGAGAGCGACAGAGAGAGCGACAGAGAGAGAGACAGAGCAAUAGAGAGAGAGAGAGAGAGAGACAGACAGACAGAGAGAGAUAGAGUGUGGAGGGAGAGAUUAGCCUACUGCUGCUGUGACUGCUGCUCUACCAGAAACAGGGUGACAGCUAGGAAGAUAAUGCCUCAGAAUGUGGUCCUGGAUGGGCCAGCCCCCUGGGGCUUCAGGCUCAAUGGAGGGAAGGACUUCAACCAGCCCCUGACCAUCACCAGGGUGACGCCUGGCAGCAAAGCCUCGCUGGCCAACCUGUGCCCCGGUGACAUCAUCCUGGCCAUAGAGGGUGUGAGUACAGAGUGCAUGACUCACAGCGAGGCCCAGAACAAGAUCAAAGACCCUGCCUCCCAGCUCGGCCUCAAGAUUGAGAGGCCUGAGACCAAAAUGUGGUCACCCCAAGUCACAGAGGAUGGGAAAUCAAACCCAUUCAAGCUCAAUUUAGAGGCAGAACAACAAGACCUGGGCUACUUUGAACACAAGUUUAACGUCAGGCCUAAGCUCUUCUUACCUGCAGGCCAAAGCGAGUGCCCUCCUCUGCAAGGCCUGAUGGGAAAUGGCCAUCAGACGGUGGUCACCCUCUCCCCCCCUGACCCUACCCUGUCUGCUAACUCCGGCACAGACCAACCCCUGGCCCCCAGUGCUCAGUAUAACUCCCCCAUUAACCUGUACUCUGAGGCCAACGUCUCGGCCGCUCAGCAGCUAGCUCAGGUCACCUCAGUAGAGGAACAGGUCCCUCCAAGUGGUAAGACACUGUCCUCCAUCAAGGAGUCUCAUGUGUACCGGAUGCUCCAGGAUGACCAGGAUAGGCCACGUGAACCACGUCAGUCAGGCUCCUUUAAGGCUCUGCAGGAACACGUGGAGACUGAUGGAGCAAAGCCGUUGAUUACUAGAAGUGUAAGAGCUCCAGUGACAAAGCCUCCUACACCUGCGGGAUCGCUACAGAAACUACCCCUCUGUGACAAGUGUGGAAACGGCAUAGUAGGCACAGUGGUGAAGGCCAGAGAAAAGUUCCGCCACCCUGGAUGUUUCGUGUGCUCCGACUGCAAAGUCAACCUGAAGCAGAGGGGCUACGUCUUUGUGGAGGGGCAGCUGUACUGCGAGACCCACGCCCGCGCCCGGACGAUACCUCCAGAGGGACACGAUGUCAUCACCGUUUACCCCACGGCUUGAGACCAGUGGAACGGGAAAUGCACAGACCUGUCCAAAUGGAGCCAGAACUGUAACUUGCCACUCCCCUUCUCAUACAGAAUAUUUCAGGACAAAAUACAUGAUAUAUGGUUUCACAAGCUGCACUGUGGAUAGAUAGGCCAUACUACAGUGGCGUUCAUCAACUUAACACCCUGAACUGAACAUAUCAAUAUCUGUGGACACUAUGAUACAAUUGUGAAUUUGCUUAUCACCGUCAAAAACGCAACCAUUUAUCUUUUUAAAAAGGAAUAUGUUUGUUAUGCCUUGGGAAUACCAACCGUGCCUUGUGAUUUAAAGGUUUUCUGAAUAUGUUACCAUUGGUAAUAAAAAAAGAAGACAA